CUCAUUCGUCGCCAAUGAUCGCCAUCAGGAACCAGCUGCAAAAGGAUGUCUUCACCCCGCAGGAGGAGAGGCUGCUGGGCUUGCUGUUCGUCUGGAAAGCGGGCAAGAAGAGGAAGAACUGCAUCCUCUGCGCCGCAGUAUCAACAGAUCGUCCAUAUCAAACCUCCCUUGUGAAAUUUAAAAAAGCAGAUAAAGGAAGUGUGUACAAACAAGUGACAUGGUGGUCAUUCGAGGACCUGCUGCUGGUUGAUGGGAAGAACCCCAAUAAGGAAGCCCCAGAAUUUGACCUGCAGUUUGACAAGGUGUAUAGAUGGAUUGCCAGUAGCUCAGGAGAAAAGAAUGCUUUCAUGUCCUGCCUCUUGAAGCUCAACCGACGUUAUCUGCACAACAGGAUUAAGUUUGUAAAUAUUAGCGCUCAUAUUUUGGAAGAGAGCCACCGUCCUCAAGUGGAACAACGAGUAUGUGAACCAAUUGAAGAAGAAGAGGAAGAAGAAGAGGUUGGUGUGUAUCAAGAACUGACACCAAAGGAAGCCAUUGACAUUGAAAAGCUGAUAGAACAGUUUGAUCAAUCUAUUUCGAACGCCGAAGCCUUUGCAGAGAAAAUGACCAAAGAUUUGCAUGUAUUAGACGAGGAAAACAUUCGAUCGAUCAUCGUCUCAGAGAAGCAAGUGACUGAAAUGAUGGAGUUGAUUGAUAUGGGUCUUGUGGAAGUGAACCAUAUUGAGAAUACUCUGCAAACCUAUGAAGAGUUGUUACAGAGUGUUAAGGAGCAGAUGGAUCAUAUUCAUCAAAGCAAUUACUUGUUGCAAGUCAUUGAUUCCAAUCAGCAAAAGCUUCUAGAACAAGUUACUUUUCUCGUGCACAUGCUGAACAUUGCUGAAGAACAUCAGCACGCUUUACGAAAUGGUGAUCUGUCGAAACCUGCUGGUGUACAGGCUUGCAUUGCUGCCGUUGAAGCUCUCAAUAACUGCAUGAAUGUUAAGUUGCUCCCAGGCCAUCGUAAAAUGCAGAGCGUGGCAGAACAAUUAAUAAAGUGUGAGAGCUUGCGGCAGCAUUUUGAAAGUCGAUUCAUACGACACAUUAAUAAUAUGUUUGUACUACAAGGAGCUGACCAAAAUAUUACCUUAACACAAGAGUCUGGAGAUCUGAUCUUACCCAAUCAUAGGUUUUAUCAUGAAGAAUUAUUGCCAUACACCCCUUUAAUGGCUUGGCUAAAAACCAGCAAUCCAGCGAUUUUUACUGAUUUAUCUAAGGUAUACACAGACAAUAUUCGCAAACUUUAUGAAAGACAAAUCAAAGAAUUUUUUGACCUUGUAAAAUUUAAACUGACUGGAACAAAGGAAGGCAUGAGAUUCAGAAUUCAGGAGAGUUUUGAAAAGUUGACUGCUUCUACAUCCAAUUUGCAGAAGUCCCUUUUCCGUCCUUCUUUCUAUGAGCACUUAGGAUCAGAAGCUGAUUUUGCAGAUCGUGGAAUGAUGGACAGGGUAAGGGAUGGCCAGGAUGGAGAAUGGAGCAUUUCCACAUCUUGCAUGCAGAUUACAGACCAGGUGUUAGCAGAGCUGGAACCUAUGUGUAUUGCAGAGGAGGAGUUUAUUACCAAAUUCUUCAUGAUGAAUGAAGACCGAAGCAGUGAAACAGUGCAGCAGGAGAUACUAGGGAGUAGGAGUGAUACUCUUAUUGUGGUUAAUGAAGACUCGUCAGAGAGAAUAAGGAUUUGUCGGAGUGUUGCAGAACAAGAAGAUCCAGCACUACACAGCACACGAAAAAUGAUGAGUGAAAUUUUUAGUACUCUGGAAGCAGACCUGAAAGGAUUUGUAAAUCUAUGUGAUAAGAUCAACCCUUCUAACUCCCUGCAUUUACUGGUAACAGUGAGCCAGCGUGCAUUGACAGUACAGGAUGGGGGCCCUUGCUCUUUUCUCAAAUCCACUUUAGGAAAUAUUCUGGUGCAAGUUAAACGCAACUUCGACAAAUGCAUUUAUGCUUUCUGCAAGCAAAUUGAAGAGGCUAAGGUCCCAAAAAAGAUCAGGGUUGUCAUUCUGCCAUUUGUGGUUGAAUUUGACGAAUUCCUGAAUGUAGCUGAAUCCAUCUUUAAGAAUACUGACAGGAGAGGAAAUUUGGAUAAAGCUUACAAUAAAGUCAUAGCAGCUGUCUUUGCCAGUGUUAAAAAUAUUGCUUCAAUGAAUCUGAAAAAACCUCCAGAUGUAGUUAUAAUGGAGAACUUUCACCAUAUCUUCUGCUGCCUCUCGAAAAUGAAGAUCAUCAGUCUGGAAGAUAAAAAGAAGGAAGCUUACCAGCAAUACACCGAGCACUGUAACCUCUAUGUCACCAAGUACCUGGGACAGCCUUUGGAAAAAUUAAACAACUUUUUUGAUGGGGUAAAGGCUCGUAUUUCUCAGGGUGUUAAAGAAGAUGAAGUGAGCUAUCAGCUGGCAUUUAGCAAACAGGAGUUGAGAAAGGUUAUUGAGAAGUACCAAGGCAAAGAGGUCAAAAAAGCACUAGAAAAUCUCUACAAAAAGGUUACCAAGCACCUGAGUGAGGAGGAAAAUCUGCUUCAGGUGGUGUGGCGUACAAUGCAGGGAGAGUUUGUUCGGCAGUACAAGGAGUUUGAAGAUAUGAUAGCACGGUGUUAUCCUGGCUCUGGUAUAACAAUGAACUUCACUGUAGAGGACAUAUUACAGUAUUUCUCAGAUAUAACAAAAUCAAAUUAACAGCAACCUUGUUAACAUUUUUGUAUGAUCCCUUGUCAACCUAAUUUAUCAAAUUAUCAUUAUCUUAGAGCUGAAAUUUUGUUUGCUAGACUGAUUAUUACAGUACAAAUUACAGUACAAAUUUCAGGUUUUGCCUAAGAUGCAUAGUGCAGUUAGUUUUCUUUAAUUAGAAACAUCUUUCUCAGGGAUUUCGGUUUUAUUUAAUAACGUUUCUCAAAACAUUAUUUGUACUCAUUUACGUGUAAGUAGUCUGAGGAAGGUCUGAAUGAUGCCUUUCUUUUUGAUUGUUUGAUUGUUAAGUGCUCUGAGACGCUAUCCUGCAUGGAGGGCGCUAUAUAAGUGCAAGUUGUAGUGUUCAGUUUGAAUCCAGGUGGAUUUGCCCCCCUGUUUCUAUUAUACAUUCACUCGGUUUUUUCAGUCCUUUAACUAAUGAGAAAAGAAGCCUUUUCAAAAUUCAUUACUUGUUUACUUUGUGAUCCUAAUUUAGCUACUUUAACUUUUCCCUGGACAAAUUUGUCCAACAAAUUACUGUCUCACAUAAUAAAAUGUUAAUUCCCACUUUAACAUCUACAUUCAUUCCAAGGUGGCCAUUUUUAUAUGUCUUCAACUUUUGCAAGCUUUCUCAAAAUUUUAAAAGCUAUCAAGUUUAGGCAACACUUACACACCUAGAACUUGCAAAGUGAAACAAAACAGAUUUUUAAACUUUUGCCCGAGUUUUAAUACUUCUCCCCUAACGUUAAGUAUGUAUCAUGUAUGUGGUAUGUAUCUGGACAGUUGGUUGACUGCUGAGUUGUUGAGAUGCAUAUCGAGUACUUAAGGUUUUGGAGAAGCAAAUGUUUAUACCCAACUAAUAUUUAGGAAUCCCACUGCUUAAAAUAUCUCAAAGAGCCAACACAAGAGAGUUGUGUUGCUUCACACUCUGCUAAGCCACACGAGUGCCUAAACUUGGGGCAAAAUCCCAAGCCUGAAAAAAAAGAUCACAUUAAAGCAAUGAAAAGUUAGAAAUCAAUCUUCUUAUGCCCUAACCAUAAGGCUUACUUUAUAAAUUCAUUAAAGGAAGGGUUGCAUUAGUUGUCUCAGAUUAGCAUUUAGUACAGAGGAUACAUCAAUCACCUGCCACAUAUCGUUUGUUAAAAGUUAAGUGACAUCAAUACACCAUAGAAGAAAUUCAAUCUCAAUCUUGGCAGAGGAGACUGAAACUUUUCAUUUUUCUAGUCUCGGUUGGAUCAAUGCCAAACACUUUGAAGCUUUGAUUUCUACAUGUUGAAUUAUAGAGUUAAUAAAUAUAUAAUUAUAGUCUUUAUUAACACAUUGAAUGUGCUCUGGCAUGAUUAUAUCUAAAUAUUGUUUUUGACUAUUGAAAACAUCUUAUUUUUUGAAAACUAAUUCAACCAGUGAAGUUCUUUCUGUAUUUCUUUCUGAAGAUUUCAUAAUUAGUGCCUAAAAAUCCACUGUUUAAAAUGUCUCAAACAGCAAACACAAGAGUUAAGAUUUUUUUUACGUGUGUGGUAAACAAAUAAUCCCUCCAAAAUAAAUGAGAUAAAUGAGGUGCUGUCCUUGAGCUUGCGCUGUGGCUCAUUGGAUCAACGUAGGAGACCAUGGAUGGAGAGGUCAGAGUGGGAGGGAGAGUUGAAGUGACAAGCAUAAGACUUCCCUUAAAUAAUGCCUAAGAAUUGGGCUAUGUGUAAUUUCGCUGUUUAAAUUCUAAUCCUGGAAAAUUUUACAUUGGUAUCUGAAAAAAGGCUAGAUGUCUAUUGGUUGUUUCAGGCUUUUAUUUGGUACAAGUGCCAUGCCGGCACAUACUUCUGUCCCAAACUUAAGCCAUUGGAAUUUCUCAACUGGUCAGCAGGGCCUCUUUGUGGUUAAAUUAAACCCAUGGGGAUAUGCCUGACAAUGGAGUAUCAGAACUGAAUUUGAUUCUCUGUGCCAGUCUCAGUAGGGUGGUUCCAGACUCAGCCUAUCCCAUCAGCAGGACACACAUUGGGAGUGAGGAAGUUUUACCACUCAGCACAUUUUAACCCUACAAGGUCCUAAUGGGUAGGAGGUUCAAGCUGAAACAGGCAGUGGAAAAUUUGGCAGACAGUGUUCACAAUGACAGUUUUAGCUGGUUAAACUCCAGCGCUACCACAACACAUGCUCUGGGGUCCCCAAACAGUUUUCUUUGCAACCUGGCCUAAUUUCCUAAUCAUUUCCAUAAUUGGGUGAGCAGGGUCGGACCCUAAGAGAGAGUACACACUCCAUUCCAGCAAAAGGAAAAUUUCUGUACAUAUAUCAAACUCAGUAACUUGGCUUUGAAACCCAUCACUCUGCUUAAGAGUAUCCGCCACCCAAAUGUACAAAACAACAUUUCCUCAUCUGACUGGUAGAAUUAUCAAUCUACUGUAGAGGAGACAACAACAAAAUUACAUUUGUAGAACGCCCUUCAUGUUGGGGGGAUGUCCCCAGGCACUGGACGGACAGAGUUUCGGACCUGAGCUGGGUGUCAGGAUCGAGGAGGGUGGAGGGCAUGGGGGGAGCAGCAGCCCCCUCAAUGUACAUGGCAGAUGUGACUGAAACUUGCCAUUUGUCUGGAAAGGGUUCCAUAUAUUUGUGCCACAAUCUUUGAGGUUUUGAUUAAAAAUAAUAGUUCUUGAACUUGAAUUAGCUGUUAUAGUGGCUAUUAAUGCAUGCCUGCUCUGUUGCGUUUUACAUUGCCUUUUACACUGUACAUCAGAUAUUCACUGUAUGUUGAACUGGUAGCUAGUUGAUCUCUGCUAGUUAGAAUUAAUAUGGUAGUUCAUUUAAAAAAAGGUUUGUUGUAAUAUUGGAUUUGACAAUUUUAUUUUUGUGCUGAAGUUCACAAUAAUAAUCCUUGCAUUUGAUAUAGUGCCUUAUCAUGUCGUUGAGACGUCUCAAAUAAAAUAUAUUAU